AUGGUGAUACUUCCACAAAAGAAGACCCUUGAUGCGGAAUUGGAAGAUCUGGACGCUUUUUUUGUUCGCUCCGAGAGUGGAUGGAUGAACAAAUACCUUUUUAUGGUAUACUGUAUCAUGUUCAUCUGCAAAGUACAGGAGAAAAGGUCUCAAAUGAAUGUGUUUGAUGCCCAGGUACCUUUUCUCCUAAUUGUAGAUGGUCAUCCAUCCAGGCUCUCUUUCUUGGCCGUUCGCCUCUUGAGCGCCUUCAAUAUCGAGCUUCUUGUUCUCCCAGGCCAUACAUCUCAUAUCUUACAACCUCUUGAUGUUGGGAUUUUUUCUCCCUUGAAGGCCCAAUUCAAGAAGUUGUUUGAUAUGGCGACUAUCCGGUACGAUCAGCAAGGGCAGAUGGUGAUCAAUUAUGUAUGGAACGCCAGAGAACUGCGCUAUAUCAUGGUUCGCAGCUUCCUUGAUGCAUGUAGUGUGUCUUGCACAGCUACAAACAUCGAAAAUGCUUUUAAAGCAACAUGA